AUAACCCCGGAGACGAUACAAAAAGCCAAUCGAAUGAAUCGGUUCUUCCAUUCACUCCUCGCCCGCUCAUAACUCAGCAACUGCAACAGUUAAAGACCAUGGAUAUUAGUAUGUCAACAUUAUUGUCCUCCGGCCUCAUUUUGGCUCUGAUCUCGUGCGUCUUUAGUGUACCGAUUGACAUGGCGAGAGAAACUGAGGGUGACCAACACCUGGAAGACAAACGACCAAAGUAUAUGGACACCAGGGACCUCGACAGAUUCCAAAGAAUUAUAUACCUGGCUUUAAAAGGGUUAGUUGAAGAAGGAAAAUUGAACCCUGACGUAAUGGCCACACCAACAGAGAGUUACUCAGACGACGAAAACGAGAAGGAAAGUAAAGACAAAAUAUCGACGGACAAACGCGGACAUCUCCGGAUCUGUGUUCGCCGCUCAGGAUCCCGAUAUGUUCCUUAUCCCUGUUUCAGAGGUUAAGAUGUAAAUCGGUGAGGAGGUUAAACCUGUUCAGAACAUAUCACCAUUCCUGCUGUUUCAUCAUGCAGACGUUGACUCAUAUUAUCUGCUUUGUUUAAAUGAUUUGCAUUUGUGCUUACUUUUUCUGCCACACGACUGUACCCGUAGCGUAUUUCUGUACAAUGAAUAAAAUCCUGUAAGUGUUUCAAUACCUUUUUCUGUUCCACAAUGGUUGUUGUUCUUAUAUUUGAAAACAAAAUGUCUAUAAGCAAGAAAUGGAAACAAAAAAUGUUGUCAAUAUAUGGAAUAAAUCAUUUUGGAGCUCUAAAUUAGUUAAGAAGACAUACUAUUAUAAAUGCUGUUACUACUGCAUCUAGCCAUAUGGAAAAACUGAAAAAAAAUGGCAGAAGAAACAGUAUCAAAACCGUUCAGGGUUUCGCCACGUAAAUCUAUUCUCUAAUUAGUAAAUAUGCCAUGUUUUACCGAAAUAAUAUACUUUUAUGUCCAUGCUUGUUUAUACUUUCCUGUAGAUGCUCUUUAGCCUAAUUUUCAAUUUUAAAACUUGUGUAUCUCAUUGAUAAUACAUUUGAGUCUAUUUUUUUCUAUGUUUUAUAUCAUCUUCAGACCUCAAUCAUGAGAUUGUAUAUUAUCUGUAGACUUAAUAAUUCAAUAAAAUUCUGAUCUACUGUA